GGAAGAUGGUGAGAACCAGGUGCAACAGGAUAGGUCCCGGAUAUUACUGGACCUAAUCCUGGAUAUUAGUAAUGAGUUGGAUAUAAAUGUUCUCUGUCACAAGAUCUUGAUUAAUGUAGGAAACCUGACUGGAGCACACAGAUGUUCCCUAUUCCUGGCCAGAACCUUGAACGGUAACCAGUUUCUUGAAGCAAAGUUAUUCGAUGUUAAUACACAGUCAGAUUUGGAGGAGUCUAUGGUAAAGGCUACAGCAAGUACAAUGCGCCUGGAGUGGGGAGUAGGUGUGGCAGGGCGUGUGGCCAGCACAAGAAAGCUCAUCAACUUAGAAGAUGCCUAUCAGUGUGAAUGGUUUGAUAAAAGCACAGAUGAAAAAACAGGAUACAGAACUAAGAGUGUUGCAUGUCUACCUAUUCUUAACCAUCAGGGUGACGUCAUUGGUGUGGCACAGAUUGUAAACAAACAGAAUGGAAAUAUGUUCACUAAAAGCGAUAUAGAGAUUUUCGAGAAGUAUCUUAGCUUCUGUGGAGUUGGAAUUCAGAAUGCAGAAUUAUUUGAGGUGUCUGUUCUUGAAUAUAAAAAGAAUCAGCUUCUUCUAAGUCUUGCCAGAUCUCUCUUCCAGGAACAAAUGUCCUUAGACAGAUUGAUCCGAAUGAUAAUUACUGAAGCUAAGGAAAUGCUGCAGUGUGAAAGAUGUACAGUUUACCUGCUUGAUCUCAAGAUGUACGACGAGGUUGAAAAUGAAACCUGGCUUCCUCAGCAAGAAAAACGACCUGGUUCACCUAGCAGCUCGGUCUCUACUCCCAAACUGACAAGAAAUAAUACGGAUAGUGAGAGCCUUGGGUCUGCUCAGAUGAAGGAGGACCUCCUGGUGUUUGAUGUUGCUUAUGAAAUGACGGAGUGUGAGAACUCAGUCAGAGUUCUACAGUGUUCAAAAUUUGGAGAGACAAGGAGGUUGGAUAUAGCGAAACAUGUUGCUGCAAACUUAGAGGUUUUGAACCUUGGAAGCGUGAAGGACUGGUGUGGUGAAGAGCUAGAGCAGGAAGAAGAUGGUUUUACACCUAAAAGCAUGCUUAGUUUACCGAUAUACAACGGACAGAGGACUGUAAUAGGAGUAGCUCAGCUUAUAAAUAAGUUGAAUGGGAAGCAGUUUGAUGACACGGAUAUUUCAAUGUUUGAAGCAUUUGCCAUCUUCUGUGGAAUUGGAAUUCAUAAUACAAAAAUGUAUGAGAGUGCCUACAAGCUUAUGGCUAAACAGAAAGUAGCCCUGGACUGUCUAUCCUACCAUGCUACAGCUAGCAACGAUGAUGCUAUAUCUCUAUCAAGGGAACCAAUACCUAAGGCUGAGGAGUUUUUGUUGGACAGCUACAAGUUCAUAGACGUCAAAUACCAUGAUAACCUGACAGUCAAGAUAGUUAUCAGAAUGUUCAUGGAUUUUAACCUCUCUAAAAAUCUAGUCUUCUUCCUAGUAAACACGAUCAUUUUCGCGCUAAAAUACAAAAAAAAUACGCAAACUUUGCGAAAUUACGAAAAAAAAAUUCUGGCUGAAAUUCAACUGUUUCAGGUUCUAUGUAGAUGGGCUCUAAGUGUAAAGAAAAACUACAGACCUGUCAAAUACCACAAUUGGAGGCAUGGUCUCAAUGUCUGCCAAACUAUGUUUACAAUGCUGAAAACAGGAAAGAUGGAAAGGUUUAUGGUGGAGCUUGAAGUACUUGGUCUCCUAGUUGCCUGUCUUUGUCAUGAUCUUGAUCAUAGAGGAACUAAUAAUGCAUACCAGACUAAGGUUACAUCUCCGCUUGCAGUACUGUACAGCACCUCAACAAUGGAGCAUCAUCAUUUUGACCAGGGAUACACAUUAAACCCCGUGAUGAAGAUAGUGGAGAUGGCAAUAUUGUCUACAGAUCUAGCAAGCUACUUCGAGAAGAGGGAACGUUUUCUUUCAACAGCUGACGCAGGGGAAAUAGAUUGGCAGUCUGAGGAUAAGAAGAAGUUACUGUGCAGUAUGCUAAUGACUGCAGCUGAUGUUGCGUCCAUUGCCAAACCUUGGGAGAUACAGCAUAAAUUGGCAAAGCUGGUGGCAGAUGAAUUUUUCGAUCAAGGAGAUAUGGAAAAGCUGAAGCUAAAUAUUACACCGAUAGCAAUGAUGGAUAGAGAGCGUAAAGAUGAACUUCCCCAAAUGCAAGUUGAAUUUAUUGAUCAAAUUUGUGUUCCUCUGUACACUAGUCUUUCUGACAGUUUUCCCUGGAUUCGGCCUUUGUUAGAGGGUGCUUUAAAAAAUAGGGAGAAAUGGAUAGAUUUGGCUGAGAAGGUUGAGAUGGGUCUAACUUGGAUAGAUCAUGACACCAUUGAACAACCUGUAGAAGAUGUAGAGGUUGGAACCCUGGAAGCUCAGGGUCUAGAACUAACUGUAGAAACGUUUAAAUGUAAACAGGAUGAAAAAGCUGGCUGCUCUCUUAUGAAAAAGAGAUCUUUCCGGUCUCUGAAAAGCCCUGUUAGGCCACCAGUUGGCUUCUUUAACAGGAAACAUUCUACGCGGCAUCCCAAGAGUUUGGGUGAAUCUGAAGGUGGUAGUUUAGACAGACAACAUUCCCCAGAUGGAACAGACAACAGUUCUAAUAUUGUCCUCAGUAAAGUUGAACAAGUUUAGACAACAUUCUCCAGAUGGAACAGACAACAAUUCUAAUAAUGUCCUCAGUAAAGUUGAACAAGUUUAGACAACAUUAUCCAAAUCAGAGUUGAGGCAUGAAUAAUGCAUGAGAAUGCUCAUUGAACAAGUUAAAAACAUUUUAGUCGUGUUCAUGAUAAAUUGAACAUUGACAACAAAAGCUGGAAUAUUUUAAAAGUUAAAUGUUUUCUUAUUUGUCAUCCAUAUGUGAGGUUUCUAUGAAAGCACAAGUAAACAAAACUUAGUAAUUUUUUAUUAAUAACAACAAAAAACUUUAAUUUCAACUUGAAAAUUUCAGCGACUGAACUUAUUCCACUUUAUUUUUUUGACCUCUGUAUUUUUGUCUGAAUCUCAAAUUUGACCUUAUUAUGUGAAACAAAAAAUCUUAUCAUUAUAUAAGAAAAUCUUAUCAUUAUGUAAGAAAAUCUUAUCAUUAUAUAAGAAAAUCUUAUCAUUAUAUAAGAAAAUCUUAUCAUUAUAUAAGAAAAUCUUAUCAUUAUAUAAGAAAAG